UUGUUACUGAGGGGUGAUUAUUUGCUUUUUUGUGUCUUUUGUUUUACGAGUGACCAAGAGCAAUGUGAAAGAGUCAUUGGGACAACAAGUCGAAAGAAGUAUUUUUAUGAAAGAAAGCACACUUGUUUUUAAACGUCCAGCGUUUGAAAGUAUAGUUGUCAUACGACUGGAUUGCAGAAUGGAAGCACCGUUGUGAAUGUGAAAGGUUGAUCGUCAAAAACUUGUCUCAAUCGAGAUCUCCAGAUUCCAAGUAAAAUACAAGCAACAUUGAAAACGAAUGAUAAAGAAGUGGCGACAGUAGAUUUUUUUGUUUUUGUAAGUCAUUCGAAUCAAGCGAAAUGAGUAUAGCCAGUAUUCUACCAGGUCGAAUUAGCACGUCCGUAAAAGGUGGUCGCAGGCUUUGGAGGGAACAAGGAAUCACGCAAUAUAGCUCCCAAUUGUGUUGGUUGAUCGAAUGCUUGAAUACAUGUGGACAUUUAGGACUCAAGAAGAGGACGGAAAUUGAUAGACCCAGUAGACUAUAUACUGGCACCCAGGACACGACGAAAGUUACCAGGGAAUAUAGUUUCACGAUCAGAUUGUUGUUGAAGAAUAUGUGUAUUGGGACCCACGAUGAAGCAAAUCGCGUACCAAGAUCUUAGACAUA